AAGAACUAAAAGAUAUGAAAGUCAAGAUUAAACAAGAAGAAGAGAUGCUUGUGAGGGAUGAUCAGCAGUCUUCAGAAGAAGGUGGGAUAAUGGUGAAAAUUAAAGAGGAGGAAUCUUCUGUUGAUGGCAGCACAGAUGAACAUGAUGCCUGGAAUGCCUCAGUGGGAGAUCUUUAUUCAUCUACAGAAUAUACUGCAGAAGAUAACGACGUCCCUCAAUAUUCCCACAGUAUUCCCACUGCUGAAAAUUUGCAUUUCUCGCUUUAUCAUGGUGAUAGAUCUACAGAUCUAUGUGAUCCCGAGGAAUCUUCUGAUUUAUCACAUAUCGUUGCUCCUAAUACUGAUCUACAAUUUUACAGUCCAGACAGAUCACCAGAUCUAUCCAAUCCAGAGGAAUCCUCUUUAGAUAAACCACAUACAUCUGGACACGGAGGCGGCAAGGCAUUUCCACGUCCGAAGUCCAAAAAAAGUUCCAAAAAGAAGUCGGAUCUUUUUGCAUGUGAGAGAGCACCCGCGGGGUCCGGGGGAAAUUUGUUUCCAUGUCCUGAGUGUGGGAAAUGCUUUAAAUGGAGAUCACAUCUUGCUAGGCAUCAAGGGUACCACGCUGGAGUGCGACCGUUUCCCUGCACAGAGUGCUCUAGAUGUUUCCCAUCGAAGUCCCAUCUAACCCUUCAUCAGAGGUUGCACACAGGGGAGCGUCCGUAUUUAUGUUCGGAGUGCGGGAAGUGUUUUAUAUCGACUUCAGACCUUGCCAAGCAUCAAAGACACCACACAGGAGUGCGGCCCUACUCCUGUACAGAGUGCGAGAAAUCUUUUACAUCCGGGUCCGAUCUCGUCAAGCACCAGAGGCUUCACACCGGCGUGCGGCCCUACAACUGUUCGGAGUGCGGGAUAGCAUUCAAAGACAAUUCCGACCUUGUCAAGCAUCUGAGAAACCACACCGGCGAGAGGCCUUAUUUGUGCUCCGAGUGCGGCCAGUGUUUUAAAAGGACCACGCACCUGCAGAGGCAUCUUCGGGUGCACACAGGGGAGACUCCGUUCUCCUGUUCAGAGUGUGGCAAAGGUUUCGCCGUGAAGGGUUCCCUCGUCAGACACCAGCAAAUCCACACUGGGGAAAAGUUAUUCAGGUGUACAGAGUGCAACAAGGGCUUUACGCAGAAGAGCGGGCUCGUCAUCCACCAGCGGACCCACACCGGUGAAAUGCCCUUUAAGUGUACGGACUGCGACAAAGGCUUCACGCGGAAAGACAAGCUUGUCAAACACCAAAGAACCCACACCGGCGAGCGCCCGUUUCCGUGUCCGGAGUGCGGCAAAUGCUUCACCCAGAAAUUCUGCCUCGUACGACACCUCAAAAUUCACAGAGAUGGCCACUUGUUGGAUUAUUCUGCAUAUGACCCAUCUUUGCAGAUUACUGAAUUUCAUAUACAGCAGAGUUUAGAUGCUUGAGAUCUUUUCAUGGAAGGACAUCAUCCACAGCAAAACUGGACUUCAUUAUACAAAGAAGAGGUUGUGACAGGGUGUUGUGAACGAUUUCCACAAAAGGGAGGCCUCCUUGGCAAUCCAUGCUGAAGAAAAGCUGUUUGUUCUUCUGAACGUCUGACACAUCAGUAAAACAUAGGAAGAAAACAAACAAUGCCGACGCUCAACCACAAACUCUACUUCUUGUGACUAAGAACCAGUGCUCUGGCUGGAGUGUCUCAACACUCACAUGGCAAACUCAAGCCGGCCACUCCACGUCAUCCAUAUAAGUGCAAAUCUUUAUUGGCUACAUGUAAAACACAACUGUAUGUGAUUUACGCGUUUCUGCAUCUCAUAGCACAAUGACGAAAUGCGGUAGCAUGAUACAGUUGUGUUUAACAGCUUGCCGACUGCCUCACGCACAUUUACGUCGGCAGUAUGGCUCAGGCAGGCAAAGCAACAUAUAUAUACGUUGCUUUGAACCUACCCGCUGCCCCAUGACCACGCCCGUGGGACCCACAGACUCGAUAUCUGCCGGUGUCCCGCAAAUGGGUCAUGGAAUGGCAAAACGAGGGGAUGCCUUUGUAAACAAG